AAAAGGAAAGGCCAGCGGUUAAAGGACCCUGUGGAUGCCCUGCUGUUGAAGACGUUAUCUGCCCAGAGGGAAAUGGAGGAGCGCUUUCUGCAGAUGGAGGAACGCCGUCUCCAGCGAGACUUGGAAGUGGAGGAGCGCCGAAUCCAGCUGGAGCAGCGACGCUUUGAAUUGGAACGGGAUCAUGAUUUCCGUAUGUUCAAUGUCUUUGCCCAAAUGCUGAGCGUCUUAAAGCAGGGCAAUCAGGACUCUUCUGCAACUGGAGUAGCUCCGAAUGUGGACCUUCACCAAACAUUCUCCAGUUCCACAGAAAUAGGAGAACAGCUGUCAGAAGAAGCCAAGGCCCUCCAGUUAGGGCAAACUAGAUUGGACAGCUCAACUAAGGGGUUGCAUGUUGAUUUUCAAAGCAGCCCUUAUCUCUCUGUCCGAGGCAAUAUGGCUGUUGUUUCGAUGUCCUCAAACGAGGAGUACAUGCUCUACCAUGCUGACAAGUAUGAUGAGGAUAAAAACCCCAGUGGCAUCAUUAAUUUGAGUACCAGUGAAAACAAACUCUGCUUUGAUCUAAUAUCCCAAAAGCUGGCCCAAAGUGCCGUGAAACUCACAGAUCCUUCCCUGCUGGAGUACCCUGACUGGAAGGGCCAUAUGUUUGUGCUAGAGGAAGUGGCUCGAUUUUUGACCUAUUAUAGCAAAGCCCCUGCACCUCUCAAAGCAGAAAAUGUGAUUCUGCAGAAUGGCUGUGGAUCUUUGUUUUCUAGUUUGGCUAUGGUUCUGUGUGAUCCAGGAGAAGCAUUCCUGAUUGCUACUCCUUUCUAUGGAGGAGUUACCAAAGAUGUGUACCUGUCUGGCAGGGUCAAGCUGGUUUAUGCCUAUUUAGAUAGUCAGGUUACUGGCAGUUGCACUCGUCCAUUCCAGCUUACAGUGGAUAAGCUAAAGAAAGCUUUGCAGGAUGCACAGUCAGAGGGUAUCAAAGUAAGGGGUUUAAUUCUCCUGAAUCCCCAAAAUCCCUUGGGGGAUAUCUAUUCUCUCUCAGAGUUACAGGACUACUUGGAAUUUGCAAAAAGACAUGAGUUGCAUGUGAUUGUUGAUGAGAUCUAUAUGUUGUCAGUUUUUGAUGAUUCUGCCACAUUUCACAGUGUACUGGAAAUGGACAGAUUGCCUGAUCCACAAAGGACCCAUGUGAUGUGGGGGAUUAGUAAGGAUUUUGCUAUGUCUGGAGUCCGGUUUGGUGUUUUGUACACACUAAACCAAGAUGUUAUCAAAGCUGUGACUUCUUUUAAUUACUUUCAUAGUAUCUGUGGGCCUAUGCAAUACCAAAUUACCCAGCUACUCAGAGACAGAGAUUGGAUCAACCAAGUAUACUUACGCACCAACCACGAGAGACUGAAAGCUGCACACACUUUUGUGACAGAUGAACUCAAGACCCUUGGCAUUCCUUUCCUCAACCGAAAUGCGGGGUUUUUUAUAUGGGUUGACUUUCGAAAGUAUUUAAGAAAAAAAACAUUUGAAGAGGAGAUGCUACUCUGGAGACGCUUCCUGGACAAAAAGAUCUUACUCUCACCUGGUAACUCAUUUGAGUGCAAUGAGCCUGGCUGGUUCCGUAUCAUCUUUGCUGACAAGAUGAAUCGGCUGCGACUUGGGAUGCAGAGAAUCUGUGAAGUAUUAGAAGAACAAGAGCAUGAAAUCCUGAAUGAAGACAAAGAUCAGUUGUGCCUGUCUGAAUCAGAAGGCACAGUAGAUAGCACAGAUGAAGUGAUCUUUGUGUCUCACCACCAGGAACCAACCUCCUCCGGAAGUUCCACUCUUGGCGAUCUAAUUGGUCUCCUUCAGCAACAAAUGCGCUCAUCUGAUUGGUUGCAGAAAAAUACAGUGGAGCAGUUUGCACAAGAAAAACCAGAAGUCUAUGAUGUUUUCAGCCAGUUAGUGGGGAAAAAAUAGAGAGCAUUGGUGCGUUCUUCCAGAGGCUAUCAAUCAAUUUUGUCUUUUAAAUUACUUAUUGAUAUUUUUCCUAUCUACUAGGAAACCAUUUAUUUCUUUUCAGCUUUCUCAUUAUUAUGAUGAAUAGGGUUCAACUAGCAAGGGGCUGACAUUUCUUACCUCUGUAUUAUCUUUUUGUUUUUAAUGAGUAGGCUUGUGGUCUCUUAAGCAGUUUUAUAUUUUUAUGAAGGGUUUUUUUUUUCAACCAAACAGAUUGUUUUCAAAGAAUUGUCAUGUCUUUAGCUGAAACCCAGAAUACAGCUAACCUGGAUCUAAAUUACGCAUUUUUCAAAGUAGUUAAAAAAAAAAUAGAGGCAGAUUUAAAUGUAUUUUUACACAGGUAAAGAAAGUCAUGUAUGGAUCUCAUCUGUAUCAUUGUGAGAUGAUUUAUUAAUGAAGUUGAGGAUUCUCAAGGCCAGAAGAGAUGUCAUAUUUCCUGUCUCUUCACUCUGUUGAAGAGAUCAGGAGAGUCCCUAAAGUCACCUCCUCCUUGUAGUUCUUCUCCUCUGAGAUAUGAAUUGUUAUAGCUGACAUUAAUUAACUACAAUGAGUUGUACUAAAUACUAUCUUUUAACUAGGUUUUAAAGAGUAAUUAAACAUGUUUUCCAGUUA